GGGAUCUAUAUUUUAUUUGACAGGAGCACGUUGUUGGCAAUAAUACUGGCGGAAAAAUGACGUCGUUGGAAAUUCGUGAAUAUCUAGAAAAAUUGGAACUUUGUUCGAUUUGUAUACUACGGUAUCAAAAUGAAAGCAUUGAAAAUAUAAUUAUAUUAUACACGGCACAAAAUAAUAAAAAUGAAACUAUGGAUACAUCCGUAGGUACGGAUACAAUCGCAAUUAAACGAUCGAAAAAAAGUAUAUGCAUUGCAUGUUUGGGAAUUUUUCAGUCAAUGGAAACUGUCUCUAAAAAUGUAAUCGAGGAUUCAAAUCUUCGAAAUUACGAAUGUAAUUCUUUAUAUACGUCGGUUCAAAUUCCUAUAGAACUUUUGGUGCGUGAACUAUCAAUAUGGAUAGCAUUGAUACAAACAUUUCCAGGCAAAGUGAAUGAAGAUACACACCCAGGUAUUCCGAUAAAAGAUGUCUUCAAAACUUUGUUCAACAGAAAAUUGUGCUUGGCAACAAACAGGCAAAUGGAGUACAAUCAAAAUGGAAUCAUGAUAAAUUUGUUUUAUGAAUUCAUGGAUUGUGAUAAUAUUGAUAAUUUAUUAGCAGUGAAACCGCUUUCAUUUGGAAAUGAAAAUCACAAAAAAAGUAAAAAUGUAUCUGUCAUAACACGGAACUUAUUUGAAAAGCAUUUUUAUCCAAAAAACUUGAAAAUUGAUGAAUACAAAAAACAUCUUGCCGUCCCCCCAAAAUUACCGUCAAACGGACCUAUUAAAUUGACACGUUACUUAAUUUCGGGACCAACGAUUUUCAUAGCAGGCCGUUAUCGAAAACUAUCACGAGAUUUAAGUCAAACACCGUGGAUUAUUGCUGGAAAACGAAUGAAAGAGAAAAGUAUACAGGAGCUAAUAUCUUGUGAAAUAUGUCCUUAUUUUGGAAUUGAUGACAAGGAAAUUUCAUUCAUAUCAUCUGGACGAGAGGACACUGAUGUAAGAAUGCUCGGAAAAGGAAGACCGUUUGUACUACAAAUACCUGAUGCAAAAAAAAGUUCUUUACCUAAGAAUAUAGCUGCAGAAAUGCAAUCACGUAUUGACAGUACUAAGCUAGUAUCAGUUCAACAUUUGCAAUUAAUUAAGAGGGAGGAACUCAUACACAUAAAAUUGGGAGAAGAAAACAAAAAAAAAAGUUACCGAGCCCUAUGCAUACUGAAGACAAACGUUAAUGCUGAAAUAAUGCAAUUGCUUCUCAACAAGUCUGAUGGAUUUUUGGUGCAACAAAAAACACCUUUAAGAGUACUACACAGACGACCAUUGCUGAAUCGACCGCGGCAAAUUUUCAGUCUCAAAGGUUACAUUGUAAAAGAUCAACCAAAGGCAAUUGUUUUGGAUGUUUUGACUCAAGCUGGUGCUUAUAUCAAAGAACUAAUUCACGGGGAUUUCGGGAGAACGAAACCUAGUAUUUCUUCAAUCAUUGGACAUGACAUUGAUAUUAUUACAUUAGAUGUCAACGCAAUCGAUUUGGAAUGGCCGCCCGAAGUUUCUAAUCAGUUAGAUUUAUAGAAAAAUCAUCAAAUGAAACAUUAAAAAUAAAUCGAUUUUUUGCACA